AUGAGUACGCGAUAUUUUAAUCAACUGGCUCUGCGGAAGCAGGAAAGUGCAUUGCAAAUACAAGGCGUUGGCAGUGGCAAUCGCUCAUAUAUUAAUGGCCGGGCAGUCUUGCGCAUAUUUUCGACUUUCAAUGCUUCAUUUGACUUGGAUGUUGAAUUCUACAUCAUCAACAAAAUUACAUCAGCAGUCCCUGUGGCUCCAAUCAUGGAAAACUAUUGGCAGCAUUUACGCAAUUUGCCUUUGGUAGACCCGAAAUUUGGCGAAACUGAUGUUAUAGAUGCAUUGCUUGGCUGCUGGGUUGUAUUCGGACCAGCCGAAGCAACCGUGCAUAACUACAAGGCGGAACAAUCUAUGGCAUUGCGUGUGGAGGCGCCUGAUGAGCGAGUUGAUGACCUUCUACACAGGCUAUUUGAAUCCAAAGAAACUGACAUGGCUAAAGGCGAUAAACUAGGAGCAGUUGAUCUUUGCGAAUGCAUUUUCAUGAGCACACAUAAGCGUUUUGAUGAUGGCAGUUAUUGUGUACAAAUACCAUUUACACCAGAUGCUCCACCACUUGGGAAUUCACAUCAGAUGGCACUCAGGCAAUUUCACCAGUUGGAACGAAAAUUGGCAUCCAACCCAGAGCUGACGCAAAGAUAUGUGGCUUUUAUGCGCGAAUACGAACAACUUGGUCACAUGCACCCUAUUCAGCAUCAUUCAAGCGACCCAUCUCAGGCAUACUACAUUCCACAUCAUGCAGUCAUGGCAAAAUUCCGAGUCGUAUUCAAUGCUUCCGCAAAAACGUCGAAUGGCAUAUCAUUAAAUGAUACACAACUCGAUGGCCCCCCAAUACAGGAUUUAUUACUUAACCUUUUGCUUCGCUUCAGGCAGCAUCGAAUAGCAUUCACAGCUGAUGUCGAGAAAAUGUUCAGGCAAGUCAAGGUUGACGAGAGGAACAGGCAGUGGUAA